UGGCCAUUUUACAGCCACUCCAAAUGGAUGUAAGUCGAGUCCAGGCUCAAGCUGAAUAAAUGCCUAGACACAGAAAAUCAGUGCAUUAUUAAUGUGGAAACUGAUCACUGGAGGAACAUGCUUGAGUGUCUGAUCUCAAUUACCCUCUUCCUUGCAAAUAAUAAUUUGACUUUCCGGGGCUCACUGGAUAAGUUUUUCACUGAACAUAAUGGUAAUUUCCUCGGUUUGGUAGAGCUCCUUGGGAAAUACAACAAUGUCACGCGUGAGUAUCUAUGUCGAGUAGUUCAUACAGAAGCUAUGGACCAUUACUACAGCAAAACAAUUUAAAAAAAUGAUUGACCUUAUGUCAAGGAAGGUGCUUGAUAACAUAUUGAGGCAGCUUGGCAAAGCAAAGUACAAACCCAUAAUAAUGGACUGCACUCCUGACAUUAGUCACAGUGAAAUGAUGUCAUUGACAGUAAGAUUUGUUGACUACAAGGAUGGCUGUAUCCAAGGAAAGGAACACUUUAUCUGUUUCUGGUCUGUGGACUCUCCUGGAAAAGGCCUAACAGCACUAUUUAUGAAAAUUUUGAAUGAGAAUAAAAUAAAGCUUCAGGGCUGCCACAGCCAAGGCUAUGACAAUGGCGCUAACAUGAAGGGAAGAAACAGUGGUGCCCAGGCAAAGAUCCUUGCUCUGAUUCCAAGAGCUUUCUUCAUACCUUGUGGCUGCCAUUUCCUCAACCUGGUUGUGUCACAUGUAGUGUCAUCUUCAGUGUUCGGAGUACUGCAAAGGAUAUACGUCCUGUUUUCAGCAUCAACUAUCAGGUGGAAGAUCCUCACAGACAACGUUACAAAUCUGACCAUAAAGCUGCUAAGUGACACUAACUGGGAUAGCCGCAUUGGCAGUGUGAUGCCAGUGAGGUAUCGAGUGACUGAGGUUUACAGUGCCUUGCUGGAAUUGGCACAGUUGAGUAAAGUCCAGGCUGAAUCCAGCAUGAGGCGCAAAGCCUGGCAAACCAGAUCACUGACUUCAGAUUUCUGGUCUCAAUUGCAGUUUGGCACGAUAUCUUGUUCCAAGUAAACAUUGUAAGAAAGGCAUUACAAACUCAGUCGAUGGACAGUGCAAUCGCUAUUUCUUUGAUGAGAAGCUGCCUUGAUUUCGUUGUGGCCUACAGAGACAACAGAUUUGAAGAUGCCAUCACUGCUGCCAAAGAAAUGGCAGAAACUGUAGGAGUUGAGCCUAUCUUCCAGGAAACUCAUGUUCAUCAGAAGAAGAGACAGUUUGGUUAUGAGAGCAGAGAUGAGGAAGCACUCUCCACUCCAAGUUCUCCAAUUCAUUCAUGAUGCAGGCCUGAAGGACACUUUUCCUAAUGUGUGGAUAGCUUUCAGGAUUCUGCUCACGCUGCCGGUCACAAGUGCAAAUGGUGAGCGUAGCUUUUUGAAGCUCAGUUUCAUUAAAACAUCUCUUUGAUUGAUGAUGGCCAAUGAGAGACUGACAUCACUUGCUAUUUUAUCAUUUGAAAAUGCUAUUGGUCAGUGUUUGCAUAGCUGACGCUGUGCUUAGGUUCACCAGGGCAAAGGCGAGAAAAGCACCUUUUGAACUAAAUCAUCAGGGUUAACAUUCUAAGGCUGUCACCUACUGUAACACUAUUUAAUACUGGUCCAUCCAGUGUU